UGGCAAGGCCGGGCGGCACGGAAACGCGUUUGAACUUGGCCACCGCCGCUGCCCGUAGCCGGCGUCUCCAACAUGGCGGCUGCCCAAGAUGUCCACGUCCGGAUCUGUAACCAAGAGAUUGUCAAAUUCGACCUGGAGGUGAAGGCGCUUAUCCAGGAUAUUCGAGAUUGUUCAGGACCAUUAAGUGCCCUUACUGAACUGAAUGCUAAAGUGAAAGAGAAGUUUCAACAGCUGCGGCACAGAAUACAGGAGCUUGAGCAGUCGGCUAAAGAGCAAGACAAAGAGUCGGACAAGCAAGUUCUGCUGCAGGAGGUGGAGAACCACAAGAAGCAGAUGCUCAGCAAUCAGACGUCGUGGAGGAAAGCGAAUCUCACCUGCAAAAUCGCCAUCGACAACCUAGAGAAGGCAGAGCUUCUCCAGGGAGGGGACCUCUUGAGGCAAAGGAAAACCGCCAAAGAGAACCUGGCGCAGACGUCCAGCACCAUCACCGAGAACCUCAUGGGGAUCAGCAGGGUGAUGUCCCAGCAGGUGCAGCAGAGCGAGGAAGCCAUGCAGACGCUGGUCAACUCUUCCCGGACUAUCCUGGACGCCAACGAGGAAUUCAAGUCCAUGUCGGGGACCAUCCAGCUGGGACGGAAGCUCAUCACAAAAUACAAUCGCCGAGAGCUGACGGACAAGCUGCUCAUUUUCCUGGCCCUGGCCCUUUUUCUUGCUACGGUUCUCUACAUUGUAAAAAAGCGGCUCUUUCCAUUUUUAUAAGAGCCGACAACUGCCAGCGUCUGCCCUUCAAGCUGCGGUGUCAGGACCCGCCGGGCUCCUGAGCUCUGGCCCAGCUGCCAGCGGACCCGGCUCCCCGGGGCUCCAGGUGCUCCGCAGGUCAGGUCGGAUGGAGACGCUCCGCUCCGGGUUUUGCAGGCGGCUGCCUCGUAAAGGACGACAGAGCAAGGGGUAGGAGGCUACAGGCACAGGGUCCGAGAGCCACUGACACUGGGUGGCUGCUACGUGGGGCCCUCGGAGCCCACCCUCUGGGAUGUGAAGUUCCUCUCUCUCCCUCCCGCUGUGGCCUUCAUGCCCGAUCAGGGGGAGGGGAGAGAAACGGGGGUGGGAGGAGGAUGACUUGGGUCCAUUCCUGAAUAAACUUGACUGUGUUGAA